AUGGAGGAGGUCUGCCGCCACGCAUACGUGGCGCCGGAAACGGAGGAACGGUUCCCGACGGCGUCGCUGGCGCAGCUGGUGCACGCGUUCCGCGUCUGGGAGGCUCAGGGCGGCGAUCGGCGGUCUCUGUUCGCCGAGGGCGGCGCGCCGGGGAUGCGAGACGACUUUGAAGACGUCGUUUUAGACUGGAACUUUAGUACAGCGGUCGAAGCCGAUGUUGACGAGGUCCUCGACGCGUCUGAUCAUGGGGCGCUACCCGGCGCUUACGGGACUGAUGUGGACGAAGAGCCAGCGCGGGAGGAAGCGACACCGCGGCGGCGCAGGCGGCGCCCCCCACGGCAAAUCGCUGUCAAGUCGCCGCUCGAAAAGGUCUUUGACGCAAACACGCUCUCCAACUACGACGAAUACUCGCGGCAGUACUACGCCAAGUUUCUGCCCGCGCCGCCCGUGCAACAGGCCCUACUGCAUAGCGACCUUCCCGUGGCGGAUAGGGAAUCGAUCAUAGACCUGGACCUGUGUUUGGUCGACAACAACCUCAGCGGCGGCACCAGCGAUGGCGGCUCGGCGUUUAACUCGGUUGACCUGGGCGUGGGCACGAUGCGCCCUGUCACCGGGUCCGAGGAAGAGGAAGCGAAGGAGCAGGAUCUCGGCGGCACGAAACGCGCGACGCAGGACUGGAAGUUUCCUUUUGCAUUUUGCCAGCCCGCCGUCGAGGAUGGUGGUUUUUUGCCUCCCUGCUGGGACGAGGCAGCUUCAGAUGCUUCGCACAGCCGCUCAGAGUCGUUUGACAGCCUGAUCGACCUAGACAUGAGCGCGGCACCGCCGACGAGUGUUGCUAGUCACCAGACUUACCAGAGGCCGUGCCUGCGGGAGCCGCCGCCACCAUUGGCACCACUGCCGCAGGUUCUGAUGGGCCAGGCAGGAGACGAGCAAGUGAAGGCGGAGCUGUACAGAAUGACGGCUAGCUUGACCGAGCACCUGAGCUACACCACCAUGUGUCUUGCCGAUAUGCAGAUCGGCCGGGGAUACGCGGGCGCGAAGAUGGCAGAUGGUGCCGCAGGUCAGCGUCUACCGCCAAAACAGAAGGACAUAAAUUCACGGUAA